AUGGGGACAGUUGUCGGUGAGAUGCUUGCAUCGGCUGUCCUGAAGGUGGUCAUGGGGAAGCUUGGUGCGGUUAUUGGGCCUGAGGUCAGCUUGCUGUGGAAGUUCAAGGAUGACUUCGAGUCGAUCAGAAGCACACUGUUGACACUCCAAGCUGUGUUGGAUGACGCUGAGAAGCGGUCUUCACGAGAGGAACGUGUGCACCUCUGGCUCAAGAGGCUUAAGUUUGCUGCUUAUGACAUUCAUGACAUUUUAGAGGAAAUGGAAUCCAAGAACGACAUUGGCUGUGGUUCACUUAAGAAGCUUAGCGCACACAUCACCAUUGCUCACAAGAUGAAGAAGAUGAGACAGAGGUUGGAGAAGAUUAAGGAAGAAGCAAAACUGGAUAUAUUCAAUUUCAAGGCUGAUUAUUGCUUCUUGGAUGAAAAUGUUAAUAGCAGGGCUACAUUUUCUUGUAUCAGUGAAGAGAUUGUGGGGAGGGCCAUGGAGAAAGAAACUAUAGUUGCUAUGUUGACAACAUAUAGUGAAGAAAAUUUUUUGACCCUCUGUAUUUAUGGUUUUGGUGGCCUUGGUAAGACCACUCUUGCCAGGAGGUUACUCGUCAUCUCAAAAAGAGUACUUGCUGGCAAGAAGUUCUUGGUUGUUCUUGAUGACCUAUGGGAAGACAAUUGGAUCCAAUUGCAAAAUCUGAAGACAAUGCUCAGCUGUGGUGCAAAGGGAAGUAAGAUCAUUGUGACUACACGCACUGGGAAGAUUGCUUCCCUGAUGGAUCAUUGCAUGCCUUACAAGAUGGAUGUCCUAUCUGAUGAUGAUUGUUGGAUUUUGUUUAAGAGACAGGCCUUUGUUCCUGGAAGGGAUGAUCCUAGGAUAGAAGUAAUUGGAAAGGAUAUAGUGAAGAAGUGCAAUGGUGUGCCUUUGUCUGCACAAGCUUUGGGUUUCAUGAUGCGAUUCAAGGAAGGGGUGGCUGCAUGGGAAGCAGUGAGGGACAGUGAAAUCUGGGAGAUAGAAGAAGAUCAGAAUAUCAUGCCAUCUUUGAAGCUUAGUUAUUGCCUCAUGCCUUGUCACCUGAGGCUGUGCUUUGCAUACUGUGCAGUUUUCUCCAAAGGAGCUGUCAUAGACAAGGACAUGCUGAUACAGCAGUGGAUUGCACUUGGAUUCAUUCAACCCACUAGUGGAAGCUUGACACUUGCAAAGCGCGGUGAGGAGUACAUCCGUGAACUAAUUUCUGGGAGAUCACUCUCCCUGACCCUGAGUAAAUUCUUGCGAGUCUUGGACAUAAGUGGUUGUUCUAUCUUAGAGUUACCAAGUCAACUUAACAAGAUGAAGCAGUUACGUUAUCUUGAUGCAUCGGGAAUGCAGAAUGAAUUGAAACAGGAGUCUUUCGCUGGUUUACAAUGCCUAAAUGCACUAAACCUUUCAGCAAGUUAUUUUCAGACAUUGCCAGUUCAAAUAGUUAACCUUGAGAAAUUGCAUUACUUAAACCUUCAUGGCUGUUCUCGCCUCAUGUUAAUUCCUGAGUCCAUUUGUGAACUAAGGGAUUUGGUGCAUCUAGACCUAUCAGGAUGCAUUAACCUACGAGUUCUGCCCACAUCUUUCGGAAAGCUCCAGAAACUAUCAUUCUUGGACAUGUCUGGUUGUCUCAACCUAGUUAGCUUGCCGGAAUCAUUUUGCGACCUCUGUUACUUGGAGAACCUUAACUUGUCAUUCUGUCAUGAACUUAGAGAGUUGCCAUUAGGCAAUCAUCAAGAACUCCUCAUACUGGACGUGUCCAAUUGUCAUAAAAUCCGCAUUUUACCCAUGUCAUUUUGUAACCUCCUACAUUUAGAGGAUCUCAAUUUGUCAUGCUGUUAUGAACUUCAAGAACUUCCAGAAGAUUUUGGAAAAAUUCAUGGGCUUCGUAUUCUGGAUCUAAGUGACUGCCACAGACUUCAAGCAUUGCCUGAUUCCUUUACUGACCUUGUAAACAUAGAGAAACUAAUCUUAUCUGAUUGCUGGGAGCUAGUAAAGCUUCCAGAAUUGCUUGGGUGCCUACGGAAAAUUCAGGUUUUGGACCUAUCAUGUUGCUCACAACUUUUUGCAUUGCCUGAGAGUGUUACUAACCUCACCAAUUUAGAACACCUAAAUCUGUCAUGCUGCAUUAGCCUUGAAAAGAUGCCUGGAGACUACGGCAGCUUAAAGAAACUUAAGCUUUUGAACAUAUCAUAUUGUUUUAAGGUCAGUAGUAUCCCUUAUGGCAUAGCCAAUAUGUCUAACCUCAACUGUUUGUUGGCGGUUGGGUUGGAUGGUUACUCUUGUAAGAAUAAGGAUGAUUUCAAUAUUGUAAGUAGCUUACUAUGUAUGCCUAGUAUAGAUUUAACUGAAAAGGACAGCCCCAGUGGCGACUUCCAUGGGAUCUUAAAGCACAAAAGACUCCAUCUUUUGGGUCUCGGCACUGUGCAAAGCAUUGAUGAGGUUGAGAACUUAGGAUUGUGCAGGCAUCAGCAGCUCAACUCAUUAAGACUUAGUAGCUCCUACUUGAAUGGUAAUGAAGUGGCUAAAUUUGUACCAGAUGACAUUGUACUUGAAAAGAUCAUACCUCCAAGGACCCUGGAACACUUUGAACUUUUGGGCUAUCGUGGUUCAGAAUUUCCUGAGUGGAUGCUGAAUCUGACAACCAUUUUGCCAAACCUUGUACACCUUAAGCUUUCUGGCCUUGCUACAUGUGACCAUCUGCCCCCUCUUGGCCAGCUACCAAAAUUGCAGUCUCUGGUCAUAAAUAAUAUACCAAAUGUCAAGGCUGUUAGAGAAGAUUUUGCUGGUGGCAGCAGAGCAUUUUUGAAAUUAAGGGACCUCACCAUCAGUGAUAUGCCAAACCUAGAAAGGUGUCUGUUAACUCUAUCAACUAGCAAUGAAGAGGCCCAUGUGUAUAUGUUCCCUAACCUUCACCAUCUGAAGGUAUCAUGGUGCCCAAAGUUGAUAUUUGAACCAUCUCUUCCACAGUGCCUUUUAUUGGAAAUUGAUGCAUGUGGUGAGAUCUUGCAAGGAUGGCCAGUCACACCUUCACAAUUACACCCUAGGCCAACAAGAAGGUUAAGCUUCCAGUUCUGUGACUUAUCAUUUUCAAGGGAGGACCAACUUCAUUUGUUUAGUUCCUUAAGUUCACUUAAGUUCCUGUCAAUAAGGUCAUGUGAAGGUUUGAACACUUGGGGAGAAAGCAUAGGAACAUUAACCAGCCUUGAGGUGUUGGAGCUUUCACUCUGUGAUAUACCAGUGUCUUUGGGAAGAAUCGCUUCAUUGCAGAGUCUGAGUAUUGAAAUGUGCCAUCUACCUUGUGAUUUUCCCCAUUAUUUGCUACAACUUCCAUUCUUGCGGGAGCUACAAAUGGUUUCUUGCGAAGCUAAGUUAGAGUUACCUGGUGAAAUGACCAGAGCCAUCUUGUCUCGUAUUCCAAAUAUCAACAUACACCAUGUCGGAUGUGUCGAGCAUAUAGAACAGGAGAAUGGUAUAUGCCAAAAUGUUUCAAUUGACAAGGUCGGACGUAUGAGCUCUAUCGAUGUUAUAGUUGUGCCUCCACGGAUCCAAAUUGACCCAAUGAGUCAGAAUUCAGCAGGUGAGUCCAGGAAGAUGGUUCGGUUAAGGAAUCUCCAGCUGAAGUCACCACGCCUAAGGAUCAAAAGGCUUGCCAAAGUGGCACAGCUGAAGAGCAGCAGGCGCAAGCGGCGUGGCGUAAAUUACAUUUCCGCAGCCAGAAAAGCAAGAACUGGGAACGUGGCUUCAAGUAGCAGCCAGCGAACGUGGAAUUGCGGCAAUAUCGCGGAUGAGGUAGAUAUUCGAGAUUUUAUCAACUUCCUUCGGGAGAAGUUCGGGUGUCAAGGAACGUCAAUGAACCAUCAGCGGCACAUGACGGUGACGGGAGGCUUUUCACGGAUGAACCUAUUCUGA